AUGGAGAUCAAGUACUUGCUGGUGGCAGUGCUCGUCUUUUCACUCGGUAAGCUUUAAGCCCAUUGUCAUCGUAUAUAUGUCUGUCGGGAAAAUAAUGAGCACUCUGUCACGUCCAAAAUCGCGUUGCCGCCGAGAAAAUGAAUUGUGUUGCGACAAAAUCAAAUUGCUUUUCACUUUAGCGACGCUCUCGGUCAGCGGCACUAUACUCAUUAUUUUCCCGACAGACUGAAAUUUUUCCAUCUUUUUCAGUGACCACGGCCGAUGCCGGCAUAUUGGACUGGAUUUGGAGGGGAGGGAAGUGGAUUUUGAGAAAGAUUUUCGGUCGAGGCAGCCAUACAGUCGUCGUUCAGCAACCCCCACCUCCGCAACCAAUUCCAAUGAUGCCGCAACAAUACGAUCCGCAGUAUGGGCGGUGA